GUCGUCAAGGAAAUAAACAAGGCCUUCUGUUUCACUCUUUCAGACAAAUGUAAGAGUGACGAAUUUCCAAAAUAAUUCAAUGUUUUCCUACAUACUUUUGGGGUUUACUUUUUUGGCUGUUUCGAGGGAAACAUUAGCAGACAAAUGCCUGCUUGUUUACGAUCCUGAUGUCUUACAUGUUAGCGGCCGAUGUUAUUGGACGGUGUCUGGGUUCACGAGUUUCGCCGAUGCACAUAAACACUGUCAAAAUGACGGUGGGAUGCUGGCCGAGAUUCCGGACCAGUCGGCACAGACAGAAAUAAAAAAGUGGCUUGAAAACAACCAGAAUUAUUGGACAAGGAUUUGGAUCGGUGUAAAUGACAUGAAUGAAGAAGGGAAUUUUGAAAACAUGUUAAAUGAAACAGUAAAUUAUACAAACUGGGCAUCGGGUGAACCUAACAAUGCAAUAUCAUUGUAUUGUGGACUUAGGAAUGGUUGUGACUGUGUAAUGAUUAUAUCAGGAAAAUGGUAUGACACACCGUGUUCACUCUUUCUCUCGUACCCUGCCCUCUGUUCACAACGGUACAACAUAACACUUACAACAGAACAGACCUCGAAACCGCUUGUACAUACCUCAACUCUAUCAACAAUAACAACAACAACAACGGAUCUAUCAACAAAAUAUCAGACUAGUGAAAAAAAUACUGACCAUUUAACAACAAAGAAUCACAUAACUGUAUCUCAGACUAGUGAACAAAUCACAUCUAAAUCAACAACAACGGAUCUUACAACAGUAUUUCAGACUUAUGAACAACUUGCUACCCAAUCAACAACAACGGAUCUGUUACCAAUGUCUCAGACUAACGAAGAACUUGCUACCCAAUCAACUACAACGUAUCAAUCAAAAGUAUCUCAGACUAGUGACCAAACUUCUACCCUAUCGUCAACUCAGUUAACAAAUAUGGAUCAUACAACAAUAUCGCAGACCAGUGUACAGACGUUUACUCAACCAGCAACGGAUUCACCAAGUAUACUUCAGACCAGUAUGCAAACUUUUUCCAGGGUACAAAGUACUGUGGGAACGACCUUACACGUUAAUCAACAGCGAGAGUGUAUGUGUCCCUGUUCAAGAAUGAAGAAUCUGGUCAUUAUCAAAAACGAGGCAAAGUUACUAACGAAGAUCAAAAAAAUGAAAAAGGAACUCGCCGUCAAUAAAUCCUCGUUGUCUAGCUCCAUCCGGAAGAAGACUUCCGCCGUAGAUCCGCGGCCGUCCGCCUCCAUCGUCGGUGGUACAAUAAGCGUCGUUAUCAUUGCUACAGUCGUCGGUCUUAUCGUCCUGAGUGAUCUCACUCGGGUUAUUAACUUCUGCUGGAAAACCAUCUCAAAACGUUGGUAUGAAAAAAGAAAAUCAAGAGUGGCGCAGAAAGGAAAGGUUUAGAAAAUGUUUGUUUUAUUUGUUGAAUUAUUAAUACAGCAGUUUGCCUCCGUCUUCUAUCACUUAAUGAGGGUAGGGCUCUGUGUUAUUUGUCUUCUAAUUUGUUUUCGAUGCUGUUGUAAACUAAAUGCCUGACAGCUGUAUAAUAGCACAUUAUAUGUAUGGUGAAUGCUCUGAUUAUGAACAAGUGUUGUUUUUUUUUAAUACCGAUAUGACAAUAUGACAAAUUUUAUCUUUGAUUUUUAUAUAAAGGUUACGGAUACUUAAUGAAUAAAUUAACAUCUCUCUUUUCCCAUAAGAAGACGCAGAAAAUCCAUGUUACACAUGUUAAAGACGUGUUACAAUUUUAAUUAGUGAUUGUAGAUGUCAAUAUUGUUGUUGUUGUGGUUGUACUAGUUUUGUCUCGUAAUUGUUAAUAAUACUAAUGUUGUUUAUAUUAAUAUUAUUUUAGCUUGUAUUCAGGAAAUCUUUAAGGAAGUUACUGUAAGAUGUUUUAUAACUUCACCUCUAAUAUUUUCUUUAUUUUUGCUCAUGUGGUACCUAUGAGGAAUGUCGUCUUUGUUUAGCAUUCUGUAUUAUUACAUUGGAAGCUAUUAGCUUAUACGCUUAUCAUUACUGGUGCAAUGUUGACCGGAGAUUUAUACUGAUGCUUCUUUUGAUGAUUUGAAAUACUUAGAA